CUGUUCUCCCGGUUUGUGUCUGUUUGGGGAAAUGUAAGACAUUUUCUAGUAACUUCUGUUAUUAUUGGUCAAACAAUGGCGUGCGGCACAAAAAUGGAUACAGACAGAACUACGAAGCUGGAGUUUGCAGUGCAGAUGACAUGUGACAGUUGUGCAGAGAAAGUCCGAGCUGCACUGGAGGGAACACCAGGAGUGCAGUCUGUGAAGAUAGACGUGGGGAAGGAGGAGGUUCUGGUGGAGUCUUCUCUGACAUCCCAUGAGGUGCAGGGUCUCAUAGAGAGCACUGGGCGCAGGGCAGUACUAAAGGGCAUUGGAGGAACAGAACCGGACCUGGGUGCAGCGGUGGUCAUGAUGGGCGGUAGUGGUCCUGUCCAGGGGGUGGUACGAUUCCUCCAGCUGUCUGAGGAGCGCUGUCUGAUCGACGGGACCAUUGAUGGUCUGGAACCUGGCGCCCACGGACUCCACGUCCACACGCUGGGAGACCUCACACAGGACUGCCAGAGCUGUGGAGAACACUAUAACCCCUAUGGGAAACAACAUGGUGCCCCGCAGGACCCAGAAAGGCAUGUAGGUGAUCUAGGGAAUAUUGUGGCCGGACCAGACGGUCGAGCCUCAUUCAGACUAGAGGACCCUGAGCUGAAGGUGUGGGACGUGAUUGGUCGGUCUCUGGUGGUGGAUGCUGGAGAGGAUGACCUGGGAAGGGGGGCUCACCCCCUCUCCAAACUGACAGGGAACUCCGGCCAGAGGCUGGCCUGUGGGAUCAUCGCUCGCUCCGCUGGCCUGUUCCAGAACGCCAAGCAGAUUUGUGCGUGUGACGGGGUGACUCUGUGGGAGGAGAGGGACCGACCGCUGGCAGGGACGGGUCGCAGCAAGACCACUACAGAGACACCUGCUGCUCACCUGUGACCUGGGGUCUGUUCAGGAAGAUGUGAUGUUACAGAACGUUAAAAAAAUACAUGUAUUGUGUAGAACCGAUAUGAUUGUGUGUCAGAUGGAACAGGGAAUCCUGUCAGCACUAUUAAUUAUAUUUCUAUCUGCAACGUUCAAAACGUUUCGUAUCUCUGAAUACACCCAUGAACGGCCAACCUCACUGGCUGUCGCUGAUGAUGUCACACACUGACUGAAGUUGCACUGAGAGAGAGUGAGGAGGAGGAGAAACCGAAACCAAAGAAUUGUCUAUUCAGCUGUAAUAAUUAUUGAGUUGCCAUAUGGAAUUCUUUCAAGAUCGGAACCUGUUAUAACAGUUUGAAGAAAAACAACAGCACAGGAAUAUGAUAGAGGUGUCUAGACACUGAAUUAUCUCCCAUAUAGGCAAGAUCAGGGUUCCAAGCCCAAACAUCCCAUGUUGACUAUUCUGUUGUUGUCGACUAAGUUUAACAGUUUUGUACUAUCAAGCAGUCAAUGUUGUAAUUCUGUUUGAUUACAAUUUCAUACUUAUCUCAACUGCUUAACUGUCUAAAUAUCUGUCCCUUGAACUCUGGAUGUGCUCAUUGUGUCAUUGUGUGUUUUUAAACUGUGGGGGUUGAUUGGAUUGACUUGAGAUGGUGACUGUUUUAGUGGUUCCAUUACCCGUCGGUAGAAUGCCAAUCUACUAGGGUGAAUCUCAGGUCUUUCCUUGAUUCCUCGCAUCCUCUCAGGUCGCAUUGGAGGUGAAAAUCACCUCAGAUCUUCUCCAAUUAGUUUUGGGGAGUCGAGGAGAGAGGAUGCGAGGAAUCGAGGAAAUACUUUAGGGCGGCAGGUUGGGCCAGUAACCGAGGGUUGAUGGUUUGGGUCCCCGACCUCACUAGGUGAAGAGUCUGUUGAUGUGCCCUUGAGUGGGGCACUUGACCCGAGUUGCUCCUGUGCGUCGCUCUGGAUAAGAGCUUCUGCUAAAUGACUAAAAUGUAGCACUUUUCAUGACUUUAAUCAUGAUUAUAUCAAAAUCUUUGUAGCUAGUGUUGUAAGUGAUUGGUUUUUUCUCAAGUGUAGGAAAGUUAUUCAUCAACUUUUCUCAGUGAAAUGAAAUUUGCAAUAAAAGGCACCAGUUGCCCUUUGGACUAUGGUGAAACCUGUC